AUAAAGCAGGCACAGUCAUGCAAAGUCAGCUUCGGAGUGGUUCUAGCAAGCUGUUUAUGACAGGUUCCUGGACAGAGUCAAACAUAGCGAGCGGAUCCGUCUGUGAAUAAAGAAGUUUCAAUAUGUUCGUCCAAUUUUUUAUUGUUGCCAGCCUCGUGUCAAGCGUGUCAGGUGUGGAUCUCACGUACAAUUGUCCCGUAAGAAACGGCAUGGUGGAUUAUGCUCAGUUCAAUCCGUACAGUGAUGGGCUAAGAGCUGACACCAUUAAUAGUCUGGCCUUUCAGACCAAGGGCAACAACGACGCCCACAUCCUCCUUCAACACAACAACAUCGACUUCAAUAACCGAGUGGUAGAAAUCGUCAUCGGUGGGUGGAGUAACAGUUUAUCUGUAAUCAGAAACCAACAGCAAGGUCUCGCUUUGUCUUCUUACAGGGGCUCUUUACUCUCCGGCUCCAUCUUCCAGUGGUUUUGGAUCUCGUGGAACAGUGGCUGUGUAAAGGUUGGCAAGGGUUCAACCGUUGGUGGCUCUCAGAUAAUGGAGUGGUGCGGACUUGACUACAGCAUUAAUGGCAUCCGUUUCAGCUACGGCUAUGGCAGUGGAGGCACUUUCAUCAUUCCUUUAAGGCGUGGGCCAAUUCCUGCGUGUGAGUCCAGACCAUGUCAAAAUGGCGGAACGUGUGUGGAUACACAAACAGGGAGCUAUAAGUGCAAAUGUCAAGUCGGCUGGAAAGGGCCCCAAUGUUCAAAAAGAAAAAACGCAUGUGCUUCCAAACCGUGUGGCAAUGCAGCACGGUGUAUUGUGGUACAGAAUGGUGGCCAUCGUUGCCGCCCUUACAAGGGACCCAUAAUGGUUGUUUAAACAGUUUUGGUUGAUCUCGUGCCCUGGCUCCUCGUCGGAACUGGAUACAUCAUAUUCAAGAUGAGCCUCAAAUUCGUCUACAACUUAAUCAAAGCAGAACUUUCUUAUAUCUCCGAUAAAUAAUUUUCCUUCUUUUGUGUGCGUGUGUGUGGUUUGUAAUAUCAGUAUAUGCAAAGGUGUAUUUACAUAAAAAAUAAGGUCAACCACGUGUAUAAAAAAGUUGCUAAAUAAGUUUAUUUUAUUCGUUUUAUUUUAGGAAUUUGGUUGUCUUAAAUUCAAAUUAGUCCUUCUUACAAUAUACUUUUAUACUAACAAUUUAUACUGCAUAUACUCAUACAGUAUACAUGUACUGAAAAAUACGUAAACCUUUCUUCUAAUAAAUUCGCUUGCAUCAUAA